CUCUCACAAAACUCUCCGGCAUUUCUUCCAAUGGCGUCGUCUUCUUCUUCUUCCAACCCGAACCGAAACCCAUACCCGCACCCCUCAUUCAUGCAAGGGUUCGACCCGAACUCCAUACCCAACACCACCUUCGUCCAAGCCGAUCCGUCCACCUUCCGCGCCGUGGUCCAGCGCCUCACCGGCGCAUCAUCAGCCGGAAAACCCAUCUCCGGCAACAUCGGUCCCCGCCGGCCGGCGUUCAAGCUCCACGAGCGGCGCCCCACUGCUCGGAAGCUGGAGAUCAAACUCGGCGGCGGCGCAUUGCAUUCUCCGGCGAGAUGUCACCGGAGCUUCGCCGGAGAAGGGGCGGUGGCGGCGUCGCCGGUGUCGCCGCUGGAGUAUCUGGCGGCGCGUGGGAGCCCGAGGUCGCCGGAGGAGAGAGCUAUUGCCGAGAAGGGAUUUUAUUUUCACCCGAGCCCACUUAGCACUCCGAGAGGAUCUGACCCGCCGGAGUUGCUGCCGCUCUUCCCCCUGCAUUCGCCAAGAGAUAAUUAAUUAGUUUUAUUUUAAUUAAUAUUAGUAUUUUUAUAUCGGAUUAGUAGUUUUUAAUUAUUGGUUUAGUAUAUUAUAAAUGUGUGCGAGUGUUUGUAAAAUGUUUAGAUUUUAGAAAGUGGUGUAAUAUUUGUGAUUAGAUGUAAUGAUGAAGAAUUAAUUAAUGGUAUCUAGUGAUUAAUGAGGC